AUGACUAUUGAAACAAUAACCUCACCCUCUUGGUUCGACCAGGCUCAUUUCAUUCCUCCCGAUGCCAUCUUUGCCCUAACGGCGCAGUAUGUGGCAGACACAUUCCCCCAGAAGGUCAAUCUGGGACAAGGCACUUACCGGGACGAGAAUGGGAAUCCUUGGGUUCUUCCCUCUGUGAGAAAGAGUCGCGAGAUUCUGUCCCAGAAGUUGUAUCACGAAUAUUUACCCAUUGUGGGUUUGGCGAGUUUUCGACAGGAGGCUGCCAAGUUGGCCCUGGGACCCGAAUUGUUCGCGAAGCAACAAGAUAAACUAGCCACCUGUCAGAGUCUUUCGGGUACUGGAGCCUUGCACCUGGCAGGACUCCUUCUGCGAGCGGGCAGAACGUCGCGCCCAAAGAUCUAUAUCCCCGAGCCUACCUGGUCGAAUCACCACCAGGUGUUCGCCUCUCUCGGAUUUGAGUGCGAAACUUUCCAAUAUUAUAAUCCAGAGACAAAAGACUUGGAUAUCGACUCAUACUACGCCGCAUUGAAAGCAGCCGAGCCCAACUCCGUAGUCAUCAUUCAUGCUUGCGCGCAUAAUCCCACUGGAUGCGACCCCAGCAAAGAGCAGUGGCGGGAGCUGGCAGACAUCUUCAAAGAAAGACAACUAUUCCCCCUGUUCGAUGCGGCGUACCUAGGGUUCAACUCAGGCAACGUGGAUAAUGACGCCUUUGCAAUUCGGUUAUUUAUUGAGGAGACGAAGCUAGAAGCAGGAAUAUGUCUGUCAUUUGCCAAGAACAUGGGUCUCUAUGGCGAACGAGUGGGCUGUUUCCUACUGGCAACAAGCACCGAAGAUACUGCAGUGAAGACCCAGUCUAUGCUAGAGAUGCUGCAACGGUCCGAAGUUUCGAAUCCACCGGCUUACGGCGCAAAGAUCGCGAGCACCAUUCUGGGCGAUGACACUCUGAGACAGGCCUGGCACGAUGACCUAAGUACUAUGAGUGAUCGAAUCCGUUCAAUGCGGAGGGCACUAUAUGACCGGCUGGUUUCAUCGGGUAAGCGCUCUGAUAAUAACCCGGGACGCACAACACUAACACGAGGCGCAGGAGCCCCGGGCUCGUGGGAGCAUCUCAUCCGCCAAUCUGGAAUGUUCGGUUUCCUAGGGCUAUCGCCAGAUAUUGUGCUGAAACUGCGGGAGCAAUACCAUAUCUAUAUGGCAGGCAACUCCCGGAUUUCGAUCGCUGGGCUGAACGAGCAGAAUGUGGCAUAUGUUGGAGACUCAAUCACAGAAUGCUUGAAGCAGAGUUUGUAG